AUGGCCAAGGAUGACGGCGCAGUGACGACGAUCGCCUCCCGGGUCGCCUCCAUCUGCGCCGUCAUCGACCACGCCGUUGCAUCGGAAACCCUGAGCGCCAGGCGAGUCGCCGCCAUCUCCGCCAUGAUCCACGACGUCGCCUCCGCCGCGGAGGAGGGGGCGACGAGAAGCACCGGGAAGCGGCGGCGCAUGGGCAGCUCACGCAGCUACCAGGAGACGCGCAGGAUCGGCGAGGGCCGCUUCGGCGUGGUCCUCAGGGCGCGCCACCGCGCCACCGGCCAGACCGUCGCCCUCAAGGGCCUCCGCUGGACGACGCGCCACAGCCCCGGCUCCGACCAGCUCGUCAGGAAGCUCCUGCGAGAGGCCUGCUUCAUGGCGGCCUGCGGCGGCCACCCCUCCGUCGUCGCUCUCCGCGGCGUCGCGCGCGUGCCCGGCACCAGCGACUACGCCAUCGUCAUGGAGUACGUCGGCCCGAGCCUGGACCAGGUCGUCUACGACCGCAUGGCCCGCCUCGGCCGCCCGUUCACAGAGGACGAGGUGCGCGGCGUCAUGCGGCAGUUGCUGGCCGGCGCGGACGCCAUGCACGAGCGCCGCAUCAUCCACCGCGACAUCAAGCCGUCCAACGUCCUCGUCGUCUACGACGGCGGCGGAGGCGAUGGGGACCUCAUCGUCAAGAUCUGCGACUACGGGCUGGCGAUGUCCAUGGUCGAGCAGAACGCCGACGGCGCGUUCCUGGCCGCCGGAACGAGGUCGUACAUGGCGCCCGAGAUGCUGCUGGCGAAGCCGCGCUACGACACGCGCGUCGACAUGUGGUCCCUGGGCUGCGUCAUGGCCGAGAUGCUCACCGGCGAGGUGCUCUUCGAGAGGGCGGACACCAUGGCUGGCCAGCUCUACAAGAUCUUCGAUGUGCUCGGCGUGCCAGAAAAGAAGAAGGCGCUUAAGGCCUUCAAGUCGCCGUUCUCGUUCCUCGCCGGCGAGGUGAAGCUGUGGCGGCAAGCUCGGCGCGGUGGCAGGCUGCGCGAGCUGUUCCCGGAGAAGACGCUGUCCAAGGACGGGUUCAAGGUCUUGAAAGGGCUGCUCACGUGCAGCACCAGCAAGCGGCUGGACGCGGCCGCCGCGCUCCGGCUCCCGUGGUUCGCUGACACCGACGACGACCACGCUCCGGUAGCCGCUGCAGUUUCGAAGAGCGGUGGUGCGGCCGCGAGCAUUCGCGCGCUGGCGUCGCACUCCUGGCAGAUGGCUUUGUCAUGCUUUGGGCGACCGGUUGGUGCUCAAGAAUUUGUUUAA